AAAAAAAAAAAAAAAAAAAUAUGUGCUCACCGCGUAUUCGUGUCUGAAAGAUACUUCCCAGCUGUUAAAAAUCCUCAAAAAACCCCUAAAGUUCCAAUCUUGAAAUUCAGUUUAAAGCCUUGUUCAUCUCUGCUUCCAAGCUACUUCUUCUGCCCUAUACACAUUCACACAUAAUAUAUAUAAUACCCAAUUCUUGAAAUUCAUUCUAAAGGUUAAUUCUUGAAGUUGUUAAAUUUUUUGAAGAAAUCAAGAAUGAUGGGUGAUAGAGAUCUGGAAAGGGGAGGUAACACAAAAUCAAGAAAUGGGACUUAUCCACCACCAACACAACCUGCCACGUCAUCAGCUUACUAUAUGGAGAAUUCUGAAUCACAAUGGACUUCUUGGCUUGUUCCUAUGAUUGUUGUGGCUAAUGUAGCUAUGUUUGUUGUUAUCAUGUUUGUUAACAAUUGUCCUAAUAAUAUUAACAAUUUUGGUAGAGGUCGCCAGUGUGUUGCUAGGUUUCUUGGCAGGCUUUCCUUUCAACCCUUACAAGAUAAUCCACUUUUUGGACCUUCUUCUUCCACACUGCAAAAAUUGGGAGCUCUAGAAUGGGAUAAAGUAGUGCACGAGCAUCAGGGCUGGAGACUUUUCACUUGUAUCUGGUUACAUGCUGGUGUUGUUCAUCUGCUUGCCAACAUGUUGAGUUUGGUUUUCAUCGGAAUUCGCCUUGAGCAGCAGUUUGGAUUUGUCCGUGUGGGGAUUAUCUACCUUUUGUCAGGAAUUGGUGGGAGUGUUCUUUCUUGCCUUUUCAUUCAACAGAGCAUCUCUGUUGGAGCUUCUGGUGCUCUAUUUGGACUUCUUGGAGCAAUGUUAUCUGAGCUACUUACUAACUGGACUAUAUAUACCAAUAAGGCUGCGGCUCUUUUCACUCUUAUUAUCAUCAUUGCGAUUAACUUAGCUGUUGGUCUUCUUCCUCAUGUUGAUAACUAUGCCCAUAUUGGAGGUUUCAUGAGUGGUUUUCUUCUCGGCUUUAUUUUGCUACUCCGACCUCAGUUUGGUUGGCUCGAAAGGCAACAUCUUCCAGCUGAAGCUCGCCUCAAGUCCAAGUUCAAAGUUUACCAAUAUGUUCUCCUGUUGAUUGCCUCGAUUUUGUUGAUUGUUGGAUUCACAGUGGGAUUGGUGAUGCUAUUUAGAGGAGUGAAGGCAAACGAGCAUUGCAGUUGGUGCCGUUAUUUAAGCUGUUUACGUACAUCAAGAUGGAGAUGUGAUAAUAACUAAAGAGCUUUUCUUUUCCGGCUAUGAUUUUAUUAAUUCUGUCUUUCUUUUUGCAUAGACUAAAACAUAUUGUUCAUAUGUUAUACUUUCACAUGUAUAGUGUCAAUAUGUCUGCUGGUUUUGUUGUGUGGAUAUAAUAUUAUAUAUAUUGUAAAUCUGUCUAUGAUUUUCGCUGAA